AUGACAUUAAUAAAAUCAAUAACUUCAAUUAAUUUUAAAAAAUCUAAUAGUAAUAGUCCAUCGAUGAUAAAUUUAAAUAGUAAUUAUUAUAAUAAUAAUAAUAAUAAAUUUCAAUUUGAUAAUACAAUUUCAGAAGGUUUUGAUAUAUUGAUAUCAAACAGAAGUCCACAAUUACGUUGGUGGAUUAGAUGGUGGGAUAGUUAUAGUCAAUAA